CGCAGUGGUGCAUCUCCCAUUUAAACCGGGGGAGCCCAGCCGCUCCCUCCCCCUGGCUGCAAACCCGGCGCCGCCAGCAGCCGCAGCCGCCCGCCGCCCCGAGCCAGACAAGCCCACGCACGUGGGUUGAUUUACACCCCGGCUCCGGCCAGCUGCCUGCCCCCCCCCCUCGCCCAGCCCCCCCACGCCCCGGGAAGGAGACUGGGGGCGACUCGGUGCUGCUGCUGCUCCUCCUCCGGGGGGUGGGGCGGGGGUCGCUGCCCGCCCGCGCGUGGGGACUUACCGCCCGGGGAGCAGGAGGCUGCAAAGAUCGAGGCGCAGAGGGGAACCGGAGACCCCCGCCCUGCAUCGCACUGAGCCGGGCUGCUGCUGCAGGAAGUGACCAUGGCAGGGCUGCACGAGCUGCGAUUCACCGAGGAGAAGCCACUGCUGCGAGGCCAGGAUACCGAGCUUGAGCAUUCGGAUACGUUCCAUUCCGCAGUGGACACGGACUGGAAGGAGCAUGAUAUCGAGACCCCAUACGGGCUGCUGCAUGUGGUCAUUCGGGGGUCCCCAAAGGGAAAUCGCCCGGCCAUCCUGACCUACCAUGAUGUUGGACUCAACCACAAGCUGUGCUUCAACACAUUCUUCAACUUCGAGGACAUGCAGGAGAUCACCAAGCACUUUGUGGUGUGUCACGUGGAUGCACCAGGGCAGCAGGCCGGAGCGUCGCAGUUCCCACAGGGGUACCAGUUUCCAUCCAUGGACCAGUUGGCUGCCAUGCUCCCUAGUGUGGUCCAGCAUUUCGGGUUCAAGUACGUGAUCGGAAUCGGCGUGGGAGCAGGAGCCUAUGUCCUGGCCAAGUUUGCUCUGAUCUUCCCGGAUCUGGUGGAAGGGCUCGUCCUGAUGAACAUCGACCCCAACGGCAAAGGCUGGAUUGACUGGGCAGCCACCAAGCUUUCUGGCCUGACCAGCUCUUUGCCUGACACCGUGUUGUCUCACCUGUUCAGCCAGGAAGAGCUGGUGAGCAACACGGAGCUGGUGCAGAGCUAUCGGCAGCAGAUCGGGAGUGUGGUGAACCAAUACAACUUGCAGCUGUUCUGGAACAUGUACAACAGCCGCAGAGACCUGGACAUUAACCGGCCCGGGACUGUCCCCAAUGCGAAAACACUUCGCUGCCCCGUCAUGCUGGUGGUGGGGGACAACGCGCCUGCCGAAGAUGGGGUGGUGGAGUGUAACUCCAAGCUGGAUCCAAUCAACACCACAUUCUUGAAGAUGGCUGACUCUGGGGGGCUCCCACAAGUCACACAGCCCGGAAAACUGACCGAAGCCUUUAAGUACUUCCUGCAAGGGAUGGGUUACAUUGCGUACUUGAAGGAUCGGAGGCUGAGUGGAGGAGCAGUGCCCUCGGCCAGCAUGACCCGGCUGGCCCGCUCCCGCACUGCCUCCCUCACCAGCGCCAGCUCGGUGGAUGGCAACCACCCCCGGGCCUGCACCCACUCGGAAAGCAGCGAGGCCAUGGGGCAGAUCAACCACACCAUGGAGGUAUCGUGCUGAGGUCUUUGGUCCCUCCGCUGUCUCCUCUUCCUCCUCUGCCGGAGACAUUUAGCAUCGUUCUGCAUCGAGUCACCAUCCAAACGGCCAUCCUGUUCGGCUUCCAACAGUUACCGUGUCGGGGGUUCAUUUUCUUUCUCGUCGGGUUUUAUUUUUUUUUUCCUUUUAAUAUUACAUAAAAAAGGGGAGAUGGGAAGCACCAUUGUAAGACCGACGGUUCAGUCCACCUCUAGCUAUAGCUGCAACUUUGAAUUAGUGACGUUAUCCUGUUGUCAGUCCAUCAGUAACAAAUCUCUCCAGGGGUCAGGUCCGUAGGGUUCUUCGGCCCCGCCACUUACGUAGCGUGUUAGCCGAAGGCUCGGGUUCCUAAGGUCACCGGGGGGAAGUGUCCGCGAAUUGGCCAGCGGCAGGAAAGCUCAAGCAAGCACGUAAUCCCGUACGUGUCCAUGGUCACUGAAAGGCUCAUCACAAUUCUUUCACCUGAGAUGGGGUGUUCAUAACAAUCUGCGUUGGUUUGUUUAAAUAAACUGUUCAAUGUAGCAUGGCCCCCCUUCCAGUGAUCACCACCGUCUUUUUUUUUUUUUUUUCCUCCGAUUGACCUGCCCCCGGGAGAAUUGAACCUAGGCUCCCAAGAGCCAAAAGCAUGAAUCCCUACCACUUGAGCUAAAAAGACCACCUCAAUUAGCCAUAGUACGCUCCUAAACUGCUAUAAAUGGUUCGGCCGCUAGAGGGGGCAAAGCCCCACACAGCGUUUACAUGGCUUAAACACUCCAUGUUGCUGACAGGUUUCAGAGUAGCAGCCGUGUUAGUCUGUAUCCACAAAAAGAACAGGAGUCCUUGUGGCACCUUAGAGACUAACACAUUUAUUAGAGCAUAAGCUUUCGUGGGCUACAGCCCACUUCUUCGGAUCUAUGUUGUUGAGUGUCACUGGUAGCGGUACCCAGGGUGGGUCCAUGCAUCGUUGGGUUAAUGUGGGAGAUGGGGAGGAAGAAACAAAAAGGGCUUGAGAAAUCCGGGUUUUAAAAUGUCGCUGCCCACUGGGAUUUAAUCCUGGUCAUGCUGAAAACGAAGCAUUUGCCUAGCCGUGGAAAGAGCAAUACGGAAGGUAGCUGCUCUGCAGAAUGGCUCCCCGGGGCCUUCCUUCCUAGCCCUCUGGCCUGUCCAUCCAAAA